AUGAGGCUUCAAUUCCUGAUCCUUGGUUUAGAGGCUUCCUUUGCCCUGAAACCUGUGCAUGCGGCAAGUGAUAGCAACGCGUCUCCCGAUCGUCCCAUUCCAACCAACGCGCCCAAGACAUGGGUUCAUCCAGGAGUUUUCGUUUCAGGGCCGCAGCUCGACUACAUUGCCAAGAGGAUCAAGGCUAGGGAGAAUCCUUGGACAGAGGCAUUGGAUUCCAUGCUUAACAUGUCGUACAUCUCGCCCACACGAACGGCCGAGCCAUAUGAGACGGUCGAGUGCGGACCGACAUCGACGCCCAACAUUGGGUGUUAUCCGGAACGCGAGGAUUCCAUGGCGGCAUACAUGAACGCAUUGGCAUGGUGGAUUACGAAGGAAAAGCACUAUGCUCAGAAAUCCGUCUAUGAUAUGGAUGCCUGGUCUAGCACGAUUCAAGGUCAUAACAACAGCAACGCACUACUGCAAGCGGCCUGGUCUGCCGCUAAUUGGGUUCGCGCAGGUGAAAUCAUGCGCUCGAGCUAUAAACACUGGUCCAAGAAGAGUGUCAAGAGGUUCUCUGACAUGCUACGACACGCCUACAUCCCCCUCAUCGAGGAUGGCGCCCCGCAGAAGAAUGGAAACUGGGAACUAGGUGGGUUCACUUCUUCAGUAUUACUGUCACUGGCGGAUCUGCUGAUGCUCGUAGUGAUGAUUGAGGCUUGCAUAGGGGCUGCCGUCUUCCUUGAAGAUGCAGCUCUAUACGAAAAGUCCUUGGGGUUAUUCUCCAGCCGGGUUCCCGCGUACAUCUACCUGACCUCUGAUGGGGAGUAUCCGGUGCAAGGCCGUGGUCGGAUCAAUACUACCGCGGAGAUUGUCAAAUACUGGCAGAAUCAAAAAACCUUCCCAGUUAGUGGCAUCACGCAGGAGACCUGCCGAGAUUUAGCCCACACCAGCUUUGGCAUCUCAUCAAUCUCUCACAUCGCCGAGACACUACGUAUCCAAGGUAUGGACGUGUGGAAAUCCACGGACGUUGGUGCGCGUGUUAAGGCGGCCCUCGAGUUACAUACCGCAUUGGAUUCGAAACAAAAGCCUGUUCCUAAGUGGCUGUGCAAUGGCACUAUUUCCGACACUAUGAAUCCAAGUUAG